AUGGAAAGUCCGUCCUCUGAUGGCUCCACCCAGAGUUUUAUCGCCGCCAUCGCCGAACCGAGUGCCGCCAUCGCCGAGACUCAAGCCCAUCAAAAAUGGAGGCACCUGACUGUCGCAGGCGCAAAAGGGGUAGGCUUUCAUGCAUGGAAUGCCAUCGGCGAAAAGUACGUUGCGACCGCCAUGAUCCAUGUCGAAGCAGCUACUAGAAGUAGCCGUCAUUUCAUAGAAAGGACGGAUAACCACCUGCCAGCUACUCCUACAGAGAGCGUGAUAUUUCCGUGCCCCUCCGAGCAAGACAACGUCGCUCCAUCUGCGCCACCACAGGACUCUCCACAUGAUCUAGAACGAAACUAUAAGAGAUACAACGAUGAGGGGACUUCAACAAAUCGGCAAUACGUCCGUGGCACCUUGUCGAAAGGCCGGUUUCUCGGCAAUACCCAUCCCAUUACGACAUACCUUCAGUGCGAUGAGAUGAGACGGACAGUUAAUCAUACUCCACAUGUCGUGGGACGUAAAGAGACCAACAGAUCGGAGUUGCUGAGUGAGGCUCACAGCUUGAUCGCUUCUGCUAAGGCGACAGCCCGAGUUGUGAAAAGGCAACAAACCCCCCUGAGCCUAUCUGUUGAUGGGGCCGCAUGCUAUCUACCGCCUCAGGAAAUCAGUGAUACUCUGAUUCGUCAUUAUAUGAGGGUCAUUGAGGGCCCCUUUCGCAUCAUUCAUACUGGAACCUUUCAGCAAGAAUAUGCGGCUUUUUGGGGAGACCAUACCAAACGAGGGACUCUAUUUACGGUUAUUAUCUGUCUGAUGAUGUCAAUUGGUAUCAAAUUUUGUGAUGACGAAACCAUAGAGACUCUCAUACGCCCUCAUAUUCAUGAAUGGGUUCAAACAGCUGAGGUCUGCCUCUCGCGAGCAAAGUACAAGGAAAUAGCCACUAUUUCAGGUCUUCAAGCUCAGUGUUUGCUGUCUGUAUUGCUUCGACUUGGUCGAAAUAAGCCUGAAGAGAUUUGGCUUCUGCAGGGAAAGCUUCUUCGUACCGCAACAUGCAUGGGCUUGCAUCGCGACGGAAGCCACUUUCCUGGGAUGUCGUUUUAUCAAGCUGAAAUGAGACGGAGGCUUUGGAGUACCAUUCUCGAGCUCGAUCUUCAGGCUGCAAUGGAUCUCGGUCAUGUACCCACGAUGAAUGAGCGAAGCUUCGAUUGUCUACCACCUUCCAAUUUGAACGAUGACGCUUUCGACAAAACAACUCAGAGAUCUAUUACAGAAAUGCCCCAGUCAAAACCCACCCAAGCCUCUCUUCAAAUCACUCUUCAAAACUCCCUGGCCACUCGGAUGAAGAUAUGUCGACUGAUGAAUGACUCUUUCAACGAACCGUCAUAUGAUGAUAUUCUUCAAGAAGCCAGCUCACUGGGAAAGCUUUUGGCCACCAAUGAGGCAUAUAUAGGAUCUUUUCCUGAGGAACUCGGAAUGAAAGCUGUUCAUCGUAACCUUGCGAUCUUUCUUACACGCCGUUUCUUGUUGGCCACGCACCGACCAUUCGCGCAGAAGUCAUUGGGAGACCGACAGUUUUACUAUUCCCGCAAAGUUUGUCUGGACAACGCCCUGAUUUUGCUUUCAUGCGACCCUGACUCCGACUAUGAUCAGAUCUUGUUGGAAUCUGUUACAUACUUUCAGCACAUCAUGCACCAUGCUGCCAUUGUGGUUUGUUUAGAGACCAUUUGGCAGCUCAAGGAGGAUCAAAUGGACAAAAGGCUGUUUGAGCUCCAUCGGAAAGAUCGAGCCUGCCGGUUAGCCUUUGUCGAAAAGGUUCAGCGCCUCGCCAUAGACCGUCUUCAUGCUGGUGAGACCAACGUGAAAGCUCACGUCUUCCUUCAUAUGGCAGUUGCGCAGAUUGAGGCCAUGGAAAAUGGCCUUGAUAUCACGGAAUAUGUAACGAAAGCCUCGACCGCCGCUUCACAGUAUGCUCUAGAAAUACUACAGAAGCGUAAUAUGACAAACGCAGAUAGCAGUCGCUUACUCGGGUCAGUUAGUACUGACCAGGGUCUUGUGAACUUGGGAAAUAUCAGUCCUUUCUCAAUGCCAGGUCCUGAUAAGAUAGACCUGGAACUAGGUGACAUCGCUAAUUGGUUAUUUUCGGACUGGGUGUAUGAAGAUGCUGUGUAA